GCACCUCCCGUCUCGGCCGCCGCUGCACCAGUAGCCAACUCUGCAGGCGUCUUCCUGGUCUCUAGUCUCGCGAGAACGGGCUCGGUGCCAUCUUCGCCCCGCCCCCGUCCCCGCCUCAGCCCCACCCACCUCAGGCCUCGGAGUCGGAAGACGGAGGGAACCGCUCGGGACUCAAACGUAAAGCUCCGCCCACAAGCACGCGAGGAUUGGCUGGAGUUACGGGACCGGGCCUGACAGUUAUCGCGAGAGCAGCGAAGGCCUGCCUGGGGCAUGUUGGGGGCGUUCCCUGGAGGAGGAGAAGCGAGGUGGUUGAUGAAUAAGGUAUGGUCUGGUUCGGGAUUUAGAGGUUGAAGGGAGCCCUCCCGAGAUCUUUCACGGCCCCGGGUCCUGCCUUCGUUCCGAGGAGGACCCGUUCCCAAGCCCAGGCCUGAGCCGGAGAAGCCCCAGUGACCCCUAUGAUAAGGUGGUCUGAACCCCCCCCCAAAGAAGUCAUGACCCACAAGUUGAGAACUGCUGACUUAGAAGGACAUUCCCCAUCCUUAUGAUAUUUAAUUCUUCAGGCCAGGAAGAAUAAGAUAUGUCCAUAAUUCUCAUCUUUCAUAUUUUCCAGAUCAAGGUCAUUAUUUGUACCUAAUACUGCUUCAAGUAGCCUGUUGUGGACAUGCUGCUGUUUUUUGCUUUGGGAUUGCUUGUCCAUUUGGUGUUCUUCGCCUCCAUCUUUGACAUUUAUUUUACAUCUCCUUUGGUUCAUGGGAUGACUCCUCAGUUUACACCCUUGCCUCCUCCAGCAAAACGAUUAGUGUUAUUUGUUGCUGACGGCCUGAGAGCAGAUGCUCUGUAUGAAUUAGAUGAAGAUGGAAACUCCAGAGCACCUUUCAUUAGGAAUGUUAUAAUGCAUGAAGGGAGCUGGGGAGUAUCUCACACGCGUGUGCCCACAGAAUCUCGGCCUGGCCAUGUAGCCUUGAUAGCUGGCUUUUAUGAGGAUGUCAGUGCAGUUGCCAAAGGGUGGAAAGAAAAUCCUGUAGAAUUUGACUCUCUUUUUAAUGAAAGCAAGUACACAUGGAGCUGGGGGAGUCCAGAUAUCUUGCCUAUGUUUGCCAAAGGUGCUAGUGGUGACCAUGUCUAUACAUAUAGUUACGAUGCUCAAAGAGAAGAUUUUGGUGCCCACGAUGCCGCAAAACUGGAUACCUGGGUUUUUGAUAAAGUUAAGGACUUCUUUGAUGCUGCAAGAAACAACCAGUCUUUGUUCUCAAAAUUAAAUGAAGAAAAAGUAGUUUUUUUCUUACAUUUAUUAGGAAUAGAUACAAAUGGACAUGCUCAUCGGCCAUCAUCAAGGGAAUAUAAGGACAACAUUAAAAAAGUUGAUGAUGGAGUGAAGGAAAUUGUGUCAGUUUUCAAGCAUUUUUAUGGAGAUGAUGGGAAAACAGCAUUUAUCUUUACCUCUGACCAUGGAAUGACAGACUGGGGUUCCCAUGGGGCUGGCCAUCCUUCCGAGACUCUAACUCCUUUCGUAACUUGGGGAGCUGGAAUCAAAUGUCCUCAAAAUGUAUCAGCUCAGCAAUAUGAUGAUGAGUUUUUAAAAGAAUGGAGAUUGGAAAACUGGAAGAGGCGAGAUGUCAAUCAGGCUGAUAUUGCACCACUGAUGGCAUCCCUUAUCGGAGUCCCCUUUCCUCUCAAUUCAGUGGGAAUACUUCCUGUGGGUUAUCUUAACAACACUGGUCUCUUCAAAGCAGAGAGCAUGUUUACCAAUGCAGUACAGAUUCUUGAACAGUUCAAGGUGAAAAUGACUCAGAAAAAAGAAACUACUUUACCAUUUUUAUUUACACCAUUUAAGUUGCUCUCUGAUUCUCAACAGCUGGAUAUUUUAAGAAAAGCAAGAUCUUACAUAAAACAGGAGAAAUUCGAUGAAGUAGUGUCCCUCUGUGAGGAGCUGAUUGACCUUGCACUGAGAGGACUGUCCUAUUAUCACACUUACGACAGACUAUUUCUGGGCAUCAAUGUUGCGGUUGGUUUUGUGGGAUGGAUGUCUUAUGCCUCUUUGUUAAUCAUCAAGUCUCAUUCUAAUAUCCCAAGAGGCACCAGGAAGGAAAGUAAGAAGCCACAUCAUCUCCUCACUUGUAGCUUCAUAGCUACUGGUGUCUUAGUAGCAUGCUUCCUGAUGAUCCAAGCCUGUCCGUGGACUUACUAUGUGUAUUGCUUGCUGCCAGUGCCUAUAUGGUAUGCAGUUCUAAAAGAACAUGAAGUUAUUCAAGACCUGGUUGAAUCACUCCUGACUUUCCCUCUGAGGCAUCUUGCUGCCUACUUGCUUGUCUUCACCUUGGGUAUUGAAGUACUGGUGCUCAGUUUCUUCUACCGCUACAUGUUGACAGCUGGACUGCUUGUGUUUGCAGGCUGGCCGUUUCUCACUCAGCUGUGGACCCGAGCCAAGAUCACCUGCCUGAGCUGGGCUUUCUUCUCUUUGCUUCUGGCAGUAUUCCCAUUGAUGCCUGUUGUGGGUAGAAAGCCAAACCUGUCUCUAGUAAUGGGUGCCGGACUGCUGGUUCUUCUGCUGUCGCUGGCUGUUCUAACAACUCUCGUAAAAAGAAAAAUUAAUUUGGUAAAAGACGAGCUGUUGGUACUUCUGUUACAGAUGCUGAGUGCUGUGCUCUCUAUGUAUGUGGUGUACAGCACCCACCACAGUCUGCUAAGGAAAGAAGGCCUGCCACUUAUGAAUCAGAUUGUGAGCUGGACAACACUAGCCUCUUCCCUGGUGGUACCACUCCUGAGCUCCACAGUUCUCUCUCAGCGACUGGCCAGCAUUCUUCUUUCCUUGAUGUCCACCUACUUGCUCCUAAGCACGGGGUAUGAAGCUCUCUUUCCUUUAGUGCUGUCCUGUUUGAUGUUUGUCUGGAUACACAUGGAACAAGAGACUCUUCAACAGCCUGGUGUUUCCUGUAAACAGAAGCUUACCAGCAUCCAGUUCACCUGCAAUACUAAUAUAGCUCAGUUCCGACAGCUCUAUCUGGAUGACAUCCGUAGGGCCUUUUUCCUCGUUUUCUUUUUAUUAACUGCAUUUUUUGGAACUGGAAAUAUAGCUUCUAUUAACAGCUUUGACCUUGCCUCUGUGUAUUGCUUUCUGACUGUGUUUAGUCCUUUCAUGAUGGGAGCACUCAUGAUGUGGAAGAUUUUAAUUCCUUUUGUUCUUGUGAUGUGUGCUUUUGAAGCAGUACAGAUAACUACACAGCUGUCAUCAAAAGGCCUUUUUCUUGUUGUUCUCAUCAUAUCAGACAUCAUGGCUUUGCAUUUUUUCUUCUUGGUCAAGGAUUCUGGCAGCUGGCUUGAUAUUGGAACAAGCAUCAGCCACUAUGUGAUUGUCAUGUCCAUGACCAUCUUUCUGGUAUUUCUUAAUGGCCUGGCACAAUUGCUCACAACAAAGAAACUCCAACUGUGUGGCAAACCCAAAAGCCAUUUUAUGUGAUGUUGGUGAAGCCAUUAAUCAGCAUCUGCAUCCUGAUUUUCCUUCUUAAAGAAAAGUCCCACCAAGGAUUCAAGAAAAUGGAUAUUGGACCAGCAAGAUGGCUCAGCGGAUAAAAGUGCUUGUAGCACAAGCUGACAACCUGAGUUUGAUCCCUGGAACCCACACUGGAAGGAGAAAACAGACUUCCAAAGGUUGUCCUUUAGUCUCCAAGUACAUGCUGUGAUAUACGCACAUACCAUGCACUUGCACAUAUGUCAUGCACAUAUACAUCACAUGCAUACAUGAUAACACUGCAGUUUUAAGAGAUGAUGGAUUAUAAUGCACAGUACAUUCUCUCCUAGAGAAUGUUGCAUCUGGCAUUCUGGAUUUAUAGGUGUUCUGAAAUAAUGGUUUUUCUUUUGUCUGACAGCUUUCCCAGUAAUGUUUGAGAGUACCUACAGCCCUUGGCUCCUCACUGUCAGCUUCAUGUACCUGUGGGGAUAGUAUGACACUCUGCAAAGUCAUCCCCAAAUGGGGACUGAAUGGAAUCACAGGUUACAACAUAAACCCAGCAUUGACUGCUGGAGCAUGUGAUAAUUUAAAAACAAGUGGGGCUGCAAUUUGGGAUUUACUGAGCCUCAGAGCAAAGCUGUCUGCCAGGCUUUGCCAUUUCUGUUCCUGCAGUACAUUGACUUGUGCCUCUCUGUACUGCUUCCGGGGUUUUCAUACCCAGUCAUCUAGCAAAGCUUUCACCUCUACAUUUUGUCAAUUUCUGGAUCAUCUUCAAAUUUUGGGGGACUCUGCAGCUUUGUUAGUUAUUGUUUCAGUGUAACUCCCCAAAUAGUGGCUAUAGUUUCCUGACAGUAUCAUAAAGACUCAAAUUAACUUGCUACUCUUUUUGUCUUGAAAUUCUAGAUAGACCAAAGACCAGCCAUCUCAUUACAUUGAGCUUUCCCUUUGUAUAUUCCAAUGUAUGAGGUAAUUUGAGAGUAAUUUUUAUUCAAGUUUUCCAUAAAUUGACCUAUACAGUGUAGAGUUGCCUGUACAAUAAUGUUAUCUGCUUUGGUGAUAUAUUGCUGAUAUAUAUCCUAUUUAAAAAAAAAAAAAAACAGUUGCUUUUUUGAUUCAAGUUGUAAUAUUACUAGUCUACAUUGAUGACCAAAAAAUUCUUUACAGGUUAUUAAAGUUUUCAGAUUGGCAGGUAAGGAAAUAUAUAUCUGGAAGAGUAAGCUCAGCUGAGCAAAAUAUACUUUAUUUUCUACUGAUACAGCAGGAAACCCAUUAUGGUGCAUUAGAAAAGAAGUGCUGGUCCUUGUGAGGCAGAGGCAGGUGGAUUUCUGAGUUCGAGGCCAGCCUGGUCUACAGAGUGAGUUCCAGGACAGCUAGGGCUAUACAGAGAAACCCUUUCUCGAAAAAACCAAAAAUUAAAAAUUAAAAAUAAAAAAUAAAAUAAAAAAAAAGAACUGCUGGUCCUAACACAGGCUUCAGCAUCACUGUGGAACAGUUUAGGUGGGAGCUAAUGAGCUGCUGCAGCAAUGCUGACUCAGGCAGAACCACGACCCAGCUACCUUCCUGGACCCUCAGGUGACAGUUCUGAUCCCAUUAUAUGAACACUUACUAUUUACCUUUAUACAAUUUAAUUCACAUUCCUCUUCUACAGGGGUUAAUUUUAAGUAAGUGUGUGUGUGUGUGUGUGUGUGUGUGUGUGUGUGUGUGUGUUUUCAUGCACAUGUGAGCACAGGUACCCUCAGAGUCCAUAAGAGGAUGUUGGGAUGUUGGAUUACUGAAGCUGUAGUCACAGGUUAUGAGGUUGUGAGAUGCCUAACAUGGGUACUGAGAACCAAACUCAGGUCUUCUGCAAGAAUAAUAUUUACCUUUUAAGUACUGAGACAUCUCUCCAACUCCAGAAUUAAUGUUUUUUAAACUAACAUUAUAAAUGGUGCUUUCUGCCUUGUACUUUUCAUUGUGUCCUCCAAAGUACAUUUUUACCUCUGAGUUGCUUCCAGUCUGUAGAAGGCACUGCUUCUGCAAUUGCAGCGCUCCCUGCUACACUCAGCAAGAUACUCACAUUCAUUGGGAGAGCACUCUUUCCUCUGGCACAGUGUUUCUCAUAUCUUGAAGUGUAUAUCUUUGCAUUGAAUAGCAGAAGUAAAUGAGAUUUAGGCAAAAUUUUUAUUUCUUUUUAAGGCAUUUUCUUCCUUUCUGUUAAUAUUAUACUAAGUUUCAAAAUGAAAACCUACAAAAUGUGCCAAUUAGCAUUGUUUAAAUUAGUAAGUGCUUUAGGAAAGUGGGGAUAAACUGGGCAUGGUGUCCGAUACCUGUAAUUCCAGCACUAGGGAGGUGUAGGCAGGAGAUCAUGAGUUGAAGGCCAUAAAAAAUUAGACACCAGCCUGCACUUCUAAAACCUUAUGUUUUCUAAAAUGAUUUCAUGUAGACAUCUCAAGGUGAAAAUAAUUAAAAUAAUGAAUGACAGAUGAAAAACAUACUGUGUUACAUGAAUCAUGAAUAAAUCUUUGCUACUAACUAUAAUGGCCAUAAUUUGCUAAUAAA